AUGUCGACUGUUCGAGUUCGUUGUCUGUUACAACAAUGUACCAAAGCAACGCUACGUUUGCAAGAUGAUUCUGUAGUUACGAUCAAUCGUGGCAUGGUUGUCUUUGUCGCUUUUAUCAAAGACGCUCAACUAGACGACGUGGAUAAACUAGCGAAAGAAAUUGCAACUGUGAAACUAUGCGAAAGUGAGAAUGGUGGACUGAAAACAAUUGUCGAUUUACCUGGGGAUCUUUUGAUUAUUCCACAAGCAACAUUAGGUGGUCGGCUCAAUUCACACCGGUUUCAAUAUCAUCAUAAUAUAAACAAAGACACAGGACAGGAAUUCUACGAUCGAUUUGUAUCAAAUAUGCGUGAUUUGUGUAGUCAAAACAGCAAUAACGUUGUUCAUGCCGGAUCAUACGGAAUCCGACAGAUAUACUCGAGCGAAACGAAUGGACCCGCAAUGCAUAUAAUCGAAUUCUAA